GUUCACUCUGGUGUUGGUCUUUUAUUGAAGCCUUCCUCUCUAAUCAGAGGACAGCGUGAUGCUCAGUCUACUGCGCCCCCUACUGGCCGUCUGCCUGUACCUGCAGCUGCCCGGCGGUCAGGGCAGGAUCCCCGGGUACAACAACGGCUUUCAUUAUCAGGACAUCAGCAACGGCAACGGCAACGGAGAGAUCUAUUUCAAUGGGGUUCGUCUACAUGUGGAAUCCCCGGAGCCUUCGGUGUCGGCCACCAGGGGGAGCAGUGUCACCCUUCCCUGUCACUACCACUACGAGCCCGAGCUCACCACGCCACGCAGGACCCGAGUCAAAUGGUCCUGGUUGCCUGCCAACACCAUCACUGCACCUGCUUCCCCUGAAGCCUUCACCAGGGAAACUGAAGUCAUGGUUGCCAUGGGCAACCGACACCGCAGCUACGGCAACUUCCGGGGCCGUGUGCGCCUGAGACGCUCAGCACCAGGCGACAUGUCUCUAGUGAUCAAUGAGCUGCAGCUCAAUGACACAGGAAGAUAUCGCUGUGAGGUGAUUGACGGCCUGGAGGACGAGAGUGUGACGGUGGAGCUGGAGCUGCGAGGCGUGGUGUUCCCCUACUACUCUCAGAAAGGACGCUACCAUUUUAACUUCUUUGGGGCCCAACAAGCAUGUCAGGAUCAGGACGCCACUCUGGCUACGUUUGAGCAGCUCUUCGCAGCCUGGGAGGAGGGGCUUGACUGGUGUAACGCUGGCUGGUUGGCUGAUGGCACAGUGCAGUAUCCAAUCACAGUCCCACGUGACGGCUGCGGGGGUGUGGACUUAGCUGCUGGUUUGCGUAGCUACGGGCAACGAAAUCGCCUCCUUCACAGCUAUGAUGCUUUCUGCUUCUCCGCCUCUGUCAAGGGGACUGUCUACUUUUUAAAGCACCUGACCAAGUUAAACUUCACUGAGGCGGUCCAGGCUUGUGCCAGUGAUGGAAGUCAAAUUGCUAAAGUAGGCCAGCUGUACGCCGCCUGGAGGCUGAUGGGGUUGGACCGCUGUGAUGCUGGCUGGUUGGCUGAUGGAAGUGUGCGUUAUCCUAUCACAAAAGCCCGGGUUAACUGUGGCCCGCCUGAACCAGGGGUGCGUAGUUUUGGUUUCCCCCCUCUGUACCUAAAGUUUGGUGUCUACUGUUAUCGGUAGAUGCUCUGACUCAACACGAGACAAAAACAAAACCAUUCUAACAGCACACUGGUCCAAAGCUCUGCUCAGUGGGUUAGCGUUAGCUGUAGCCUGGAUGCAAAUUAGCAGUUAGCCAGUUUGUUCAUUUCUGAGCUAUUUUUGGGUUAAUCAAUCUCCACUUCCAUAAGACUGUAACUCAUGUCUCAGUAUUGAACUGUAAUACUAUUCAACAACUGUUUUUGCACUUACUAUAUGGCCAGAAGCAUGUGGACACUGCAAAAUGACAUCCAUACAUAAUUGCUAAACUUCUCAUUUCAAAACCAGAGGGCAUUAAUGUGCUGCUAUAACAGUCUCCACUCUUCAGGGAAGGCUCUCUACAAGAUUUUGGAUCCUGGCUGCAGGGAUUUUCUCACUUCAGCCACAAAAGCAUUAUUGAGGUCAGCCACUAUUGUUGGGUGUUUAGGCCUGGUUCACAGAUAUUCUAGCUCAUCCCAAAGGAGUUAGUGGGAACUGAGGUCAGGGCUUUGUACAGGCCAUUCAAGUCCUUCCACAAGAAAACUGGCAAAAACAUCACUUUAAGGACUUUGGUUUGUACAAGGCAUUGGCAUGUUGAAACAGGAAAGUAUAUAUUUUUGUUUCAGCAUUGAGGUUCCCCUUAAUUUGAUCUAAUGGGCCCAAUCCUCAAAUUGAAAGUACAUAUAAGUAUAUGGACAGAGAUGUCCACAUACUAUGGAGUGCUGCAGGCAUGAAGUAUUUUUGUAG